AUGGAGAACCACCGGCAGGAAUCUUUCAAGCAGCUUCGCGCGCCAUGUGUCGAACUAAGCUCGGCAGGGCUUCGUUUUCGAGGGAAUCAAGCAACCGCCGCGGAGGUGUACCGAACCCUUGAACCUGUGCAUAACUGCCUGAAAGAGCUUGCGGAUAAAAAUAUUCUCGAUGAAAAGCUAGCCGAAUACGCCUUCUUCCCGCUAACACACAUCUUCAACGAAACCCAAAGGAUAUCGGCGCGAUGCUUGGAAGCUGCCGUGGACUGCCUGCGCAUAUUGGUUGCGAGUGGGUGGCGGCAACGGCUGUCUACUGCAAUGGGCAAGCAACUCAUAAUCUUACUAACGCUGAUUGUGGGUGGAUCUCCGGGCCAGGCGGAAGAGAAGCAACUGCCUAAGCCUAAGGUGUCGGAAGAGCUAUGCAUUGCCGGGUUUGACUGCCUCACUGCUAUAUUUGAUGUCUUGGAAGGCCCCACCGCAGAGCGCACAAUAUACCAUGAGAUCGGCACAGCGACGGUCGUUGACCAAACGGUAUAUAUCCUGCUCGAGGGAAUAAGCGAUGACAGAUCGGAUGAUCUGUGCCUGGCAGCUGCGAAGGCUUUACAAGCUCUUUACCGGAGGGUAACGGACCGCGUGAUUCUCGCCAGUAUCAUGCCGCGGACGGUAUCGGCACUGGCCAAGCUUCUGAGACCCACGACGCAAACUCGCAGAUCCUGGAAGCUGCUCCAAGUCUCUUUGCAGAUUCUCACAGAGCUUCUUAGGACGGUUCUCAAUGACCGUGUCGUAUCGGAGACCAGUCCGCCUGAUUUGGGCAGUGACAAAAUGGCAUUGGAUGAAUCCUGGUUGAAAGCCACCACUACACAGAUAAAGCUGGCUCUGGCUAAUGUGAUUCAAAUUCGCCGCCAUCAGAGACCGGACGUACAGUCUGCCAUCCUGGAACUAUGUCUGAUGGUUAUAGAAGAUUGCCAAGCCACGCUAUCUGAAUCACUUCCAAUGAUGGUCGAAACGGUGAUUGUUCUUGCGGAGAAAGAGGAUGAAGGGGCCAAUGAAGCUUAUCAGAAUGCGACACAUCUUGCCACAACAUAUCCUUCAGUCCUCGACUCAUUGAAAGAAUCGCUGCACACAUGGCUCUCUUCUUUCCCUCGCAUAAUGCAAGGCAACGACGAAACUGCCAAACAGUGGGGACUUCGCCAAAUAUCCACCGUCUUCCAGGUAUUGUCCCAGGUGCAAUCGGGAUCCGAUCUCCUCACCAACGGCCUUGCGUCUGGUUUAUGUGAUAGUGUUGGUGCCAUCGUCAAACAAAGUACCAAUUCUCUGCAGCCACUUGCUUCAAUGGAUGGCAAUUUCAGUUGGGAAGUGUUGAGCACAGAUGCUCGAUCCAAAGCAUUCCCACCAAUAAUCCUAGAGCACCAAAGUCAACAGGAAACUCUCAAAGAUCUGGGAUUAAUGAUCACCAGAUUGAAUCUGUCAGAUUCCGGCGAUGAGAUCACUCGAUCUAUCGUGAAUCGUAUGCACGCCACAUCGAGUGACUCUGCGAUUGCACCUUUCUGGCUGGCCAUGGCUUUCCUCAGGGAUAGCACGACGGCCACAAUUAGCUUUGAUGAUUUUAUCUCACUCGAUCAAAUUGAGGGUUCCAUAUCAUCAUCUGCUCGCAGUGGAAUGAUCGAAGAGCUAUACUAUAUCUCAUUGAACAUCUUGAACGAGUUACCAAUGGAUGGGUCCGGUGAUUGGCGCACAUCGGCACUUGCGUUGGAAUCUGUGGCAUUGCAGGCUCAACAAUUAGGAGAAUCUUUCCGGCCUGAGCUCAUGGAUGCACUCUACCCAACCCUGCAGCUAUUGGCAUCUCAGAAUCCCAAUCUUCAGCGACAUGCCAUGACCUGCCUCAAUAUCCUGACCAGUGCUUGCAAUUACACAGACACCAGCUCUAUGAUCAUAGAGAAUGUGGACUACCUCGUGAACUCAGUGGCCCUGAAACUCAACACCUUCGAUGUAUCACCGUAUCCCCCACAGGUCUUGUUCAUGAUGGUCAAGCUUUGUGGUGCACGCUUGAUUCCAUACCUUGACGAUCUCGUGGACUCGGUAUUCGGCAUCUUGGAUCUAUACCACGGCUACCCAAAGCUCGUCGAAAUGAUGUUCAAGACUCUAGCUGCCAUCGUCGAAGAGGGAGCUAAGAAGCCAUCAUUGCUCACUAUCGACGAUGGCAAACAGCACGGCUCUCACGAUACCCGCAAAUCACAAUAUCAACACCUCUCUAUCUCUAACAUCGCCGCGGAUAUCGCCAAUCGGAGACUCAAGCGCCCUCAGCAGGAAGAAGAAGACGAGGUAAUUUCUCACCCCAAGAAACCGUGGUCAGAAACCUACGAAAAGCCACCACCAGAGCCCUCCAUCGAGGAACUCCUCAACGAAGCCGAAUCAGACGAGCCCCUCCCACCACCAAAGGAGCCAGACGACGCCGAAAAACCACUCAGCAAAACCCACAACCUCCUCCUCCACAUCGUCAAAUCCAUCCCAUCACACCUAACUUCACCAUCUCCUUACCUGCGGCGCUCCCUCCUCUCAAUCCUAAUCGACAUCCUGCCCGCCCUCUCCCAAAACGAAAACAGCUUCCUCCCUCUCAUAAACGACCUCUGGCCCACAGUCGCAAGCCGCAUCGUAUUCCCCUCUUCAAUGGAAACCUCAUCUUCCAAAUCCCUCAUCACAUCCACCUCCACCUCCGAACCAAACAACCCAACAGACUACCAAGAAGAAACCUUCGUAACAGUUACCGCCUGCGAAGCCAUCGAAGCAAUGUGCAAAGGAGCCGGCGACUUCAUGGCAACAAGAGUCGAAACAGACUUCCCACGCUGGGACAAGCUGUACCGUCGCGUAUGGGAGAAAGUGCGGAACGACGCCGAAGCUGCGAACGAGCGACGUGCGAGAUCUCAUCCUGGCGAUUCAGAUCCUGCAUCAAGCUUACAGGCAGUUUCCUUGUCUUUGGCUUUAUCGUCUUCCACGCCUGGCUCGAAGUUCUUCACUUCACAUCAUCGUCUGUGGCGAGCGUUGGUUUCGCUGUUCUUGACGGUUUUGUCGCAUGUGCGGCUGCCUUUGGAUGUUGGUGAUCGGAUCUGUGAGGUGCUUGGGGGGUGGAUUGCGCUGUUUGUUGGUGCUGGGUAUUACUUCCGGGCUGAUAGGGCAUCUGUUGGAGAUGAAGUUGUUCGGUCUGUUGAGCGGGCUAUCCGGGCUAUGGAGGCUUGGAAUGCGGACUUGACGUGGUUUAUCUUUAUGCGACAUCGCGUCAAGGUUGAGCCGAAGCCUGCUGUUAGUUGCGGUGUAGCUGCUGGUGGCGAGGACAUGAGACUCGCUGAAGUUGUCUUCUAG